AAUACAUCACAGUCAUAGCCAUGACUAUCAAAAAUAUAAUCUAUGAUUUCAAAGUGUGUAGUACUAGUAAAGAACCAGCAGGUGGAGGUACUGCCAUGUGGAUAAUAUUCAUGCACUGAGGAGAAUCCAUGGUUAAUUAGAAUGAUGCUAUACUACGGCUUCAGACAAAUGAUAUUUACCAGAAAAGCAGGAGACAACUGAGUAUAAUGUUAUCUGGACAGUAGGAAACCUGACCUUUAGGAAAUUAUAUCAAAGUUUGUGGUUUCCUGAUAGAUGGCUGCCCUUUUAGUUCCAAUGAGCUCUUUACAAUGUGGAAAAAGUAGGAAAAUGUGAAACUUGUCAAACCACUGCUGCACCAUCAAUGUCUCUGACUGCUGUCCAUCUGUAUAUCCCACUAGCAGUAUGUUCCACUCACGUCCCACCUAAGUAUGGCCUCAUGCGCAACUUGUGUCCUAAAACGAUGAUAUUGGAGGCAUGGUGGUACCGUUUUUUAUACCAUGUUAUACCUUUUCAAAAUUAAACUUAAUUCCUUUGUUUAGUACUGUAUCCGAUAACACACAUGAAAAAUGUGCAUUUUUCACAACAGGACUGUUUUUAGCAAAUACGUGAAAUGUAGCCACAUGGCAUCAAUACAUAGCACAAGAACACUGAGCACCUUCGAGUGCUCUACCAAAACUCUUUUAAAAAUAUACACACUAUACCACUCAAAAGUUCGAAGUCACCUGCCACAAAAGCUUAAUUCAAUAAAGUCAGAUGUUUGAGAGGACUAUUGUAGAUUUUUUAAUGGUCUUUCAUGCAUGUAGAAAGUCCUCUUGAUAAACAGAUGUUAUUUUGUAUGACUGACAUCUGAAAGAGCAGGAAGAGACAAAGAUCCUCUAAGCAACAGUUCAAUAAAAAGAUAUCAGCAGUCAUUGAAAGAAACUGUUAGCUUAGCAUCAACCGUUGUGCAGAUUUAUAUAGAGUAACAGUCCCUGUUUAUUAUUAUUAAGCUGGAAUAAACAGGCGUGUUGCUUUAGCAAAGCUAUUUUUCAUGUAGCCUUGGAUAUCUCUUGAAUCUGAAGACUUGGCUGUUUUUAACUUUUUGUGACACAAACUUCAAGCAGCUUUUCCUGUGUUUACAAGUUGUGGGAGUGGGUUGGGUGGGGCUACUGUUGUUAGUAAUUAACCUCUGACCUGAAGACAUUUGAAUGAAAAUGGGUUUUAUGGGUACCUACAAGUCUAAUUUACACACAUGCCCACUUUAUGCUAAUCCCAUGCAAUUUGGGGGAAAAAAACAGUUUUUUGCAUGUGGUAUAAAUGCAUUUUUGUAUUUGAAUAUUUCUGAAGACUGGGGUCCAUAAACAAUAUUAGAAUUGUAAAAACUGGGAAUGACUAGAAAACUGAGACACAUACUUAAUGACACCUCUGCAUAAUCCAGUGCAUACAAGUGUGUACUUUUUAAUUAAAAUUAAUAUGGUUUACAAUUAUUUACUUCCAAGCCCUGCUGGUAAAAUGUUUGUGCCAAAAAGGCGUAUCUCAUUCUUUUGCAAAGAAUUUCAAACUUUAGCAAUAUUGUUUUUAAAAUCAUGCUCAAUCUGAUAACACAAAUAUCUAAUAUUGUGUUUAAUAACAGCAAAUUCAAGUUUGCACACAACACACUUAUGUCCCUUUGGCUCCAAGCCCUCAAUUUUUACUCUACAUUUCCUUUCUAAUUUACAUAAAUCAAUGUUUUUAAGCUGACUGACACUAGAGAAGCCAGGUUCUUUGAAUCUGAGAAUAUGGCAGGCCUUGGUGCCCCCAGUGGCAGUGGUAUAGAAAGACAAUGUAAAAAAAACACACUCCAGAGAAUGACACCUGAUAUGAUGGUUUUUCCUUUGUGAGAUGCAGAACUUCCAGCUCUAAGGUCCAGUAGAUGGCCAUAAUAAUACUCUGCUGCCAUCAAGUGGCAAAGGGCAUCACUAACAUCGUCACAACAGCUGUUACAACCUCUGUUGUUAGUGUUUCUAUAGCAACAGUCUUCCGUUACCUGGUGCAGGUGAAAACCAGCCAAGGCAAACAACAGAACAAACAUGAACAGCCUCAUGUCCAGGGAUGCCCAUGUGAAGAGCAUGGAGCAGACGGUGAAACAUGCUGAGAAGUACCUGGGUGAGAUCUGCUCCCUGCUAGCCUCUUACACCCGGAAAACUGCCAAGCUCAGAGACAAAGCAGACCUGCUGGUAGCUCAGCUUUUCGACUUCUCCCGGACAGAGGAGCCUGAGCUUCAGAUUGGCCUGAAAAACCUGGCUGAAGACCUUGCCAUGGUGCAGGACUACAGGCAAGCUCAGAUAGAGAGACUGGAGACCAGAAUUGUUGCUCCUCUAAAAGCCUACGGAGACAUAGUCAAAAAUAAAAGGGCUGAUCUGAAGAAAUUCAACACUGAUCUGAACAGAGAGCUGAAGGAGCUGCAGAAACUUGAGAAAGUCCGGCUGAGGAACCCAGCAGAUCGACAAAGUAUUUCUCAGGCAGAAGUAAAUGCUCAGAAAGCUUCCAACAAUGCCCAGCGCAGUAUCAGACAGCUAGAGGAGGCCAUCACAGACUUCCAGAGGCAGAAGCUAGAGGACAUCAAAGGGAUUUUCACAGACUUCAUCACAGUGGAGAUGCUCUUCCAUGCUAAAGCACUGGAGGUCUACACACACACAUACCACAACCUGGAAGCAAUGGACAUUCAAAAGGAUCUAGAGCUGUUCAAUGGACGAAUCAAGAUGUCCGACCCUCUGGCUGGGCGCCUAGACACUACACUGAGCAGCUACUCUUCUCCCCUCAUGAGCCGCUACCCCAGUCCACCUCUGGCUUCCCCCAAAGGCCAAAGCCUUAGGUCAACACCAGCAUCUACAGCAGGCCAAAACCACAGACAACAACACAGCCAGUACCCAGACACAGCCAGGAGGUCUCGCAGCACCUUACAACGCCAGAGAGGCGUGGAGGAGGAGGAAGACCUAGAGGGGGAAGAUGAGGAUGAAGAAGAGGAGGAAGAAGAGGAGAUGUAUGAAUCAGAGACAGAGGAGGGUCAGCACACCAGCAGGCAGUCUUAUGCCGCUCAAUAUGCUCAGAUUCGCAAAUGGCAAAAGUAGCAGCCUGCGUAUGGAAACACACACACACACCUAUGUGUACACUGUGCUGUUUUUCUUUUCCAUACUAAAACAGAUAUGCUGAUGACUGUACAGCUAUCUUUUCAUCAGCACUUCUUUUCAUUUUUUGUCUUGUGUUUUUGUCACCAAUCUGCAUUAUCUACAAAUUAUGUUUACAAUAUUAAAGCUUUUUUUAAAAAAA